CAUUGCAAUCAUACUCAUAAAGAUUGACCUACAUUCGGAGCCCUUGUGAAAGGAUUGUGCAAUAGAAACGGUCAUUUAUUACACAACACAGUAUGUUCAUAAGCAAACAUAGUCAUUUUGCAUCAAUUAUAUGCUUUUUUGAAGUUUGCAAAAGUCACAUAAAAUUGAGGAACGAAAAGUACUAUCAACGUUUUUUUGUCAACUGUGAACGAAUAUUACACUUUCAUAAACCAAAUAAAUAUAUUUAAGGAUCAAACAACUCUUUUUUAAUUAUUUUUUGAUAAAAUAGGUCAUGACACAGUUUUUUUCUAAUUGGGUUAUUUUCUCGCUGCCCUUUACCGACUUAGUUCAAUGUCAGUCAUGAGUACGGUAGCUCCAUUGAACCUGAGUUAUGUCGGUCGGAAUAUCAAAGUGUAAGUGAAGUGGCCUAGAGACCUACAUUUUGACACACGUAUUAUCGCUUUUAUGCGUGAUUUUUGAGAUAAAGCAUAUCCUUAUACGGCGUAGGUGAAAUACUUAAAGUUCUCUGGGCGACAUUAUCCUGUCGCCCUGUCCAAUUAUUUGUGUAUAAUGCACGAAGACGCUCCAAAAAUGAGUGUAGCACAAAGUCUACCCGCCUCCACGAGUCAGGCGAAGAGUGAGAUCGUGACUGAGGUCCCCCCCGUGGACUAUGAAUUGAACACUGUUGAACUAAAACCCUCUCAAACUAUUGAAAUGGAGUUAAAGCUUGCUUAUGUGAACCCCUCCAGCGGCGCUGGUGGCGAACCAGGCGCUUAUUUGCCAGCAGCCGGCACAGUAUGCGACCAAACCGACACUAAAGAUGUGAUCGAAGAACUUUGUCCCGUUUGUGGAGACAAAGUCAGCGGUUACCACUACGGGCUGCUAACGUGCGAGUCUUGUAAGGGAUUCUUCAAGAGGACCGUACAAAAUAAGAAGGUGUACACGUGUGUCGCUGAGCGAGCCUGCCACAUAGACAAAACACAGCGGAAGCGCUGCCCAUUUUGCCGCUUCCAAAAGUGCCUCGACGUUGGCAUGAAACUCGAAGCUGUUCGAGCUGAUCGCAUGCGAGGAGGUCGUAACAAGUUCGGUCCUAUGUACAAAAGAGAUCGUGCCCGCAAACUGCAAAUGAUGCGACAGAGGCAAAUUGCUGUGCAGACUUUACGUGGAUCUUUGGGAGACAGUGGUCUAGUGCUUGGCUUUGCCUCGCCUUACGCAGCGGUUCCAGUCAAGCAAGAGAUACAGAUCCCACAAGUAUCAUCUCUCACAUCAUCGCCAGAGUCUUCACCAGGCCCAGCUUUGCUGGGUGCGCAGCCGCAGCCGCCCCAGCCUCCGCCGCCACCCGCUCACGACAAGUGGGAAGCGCAUUCGCCUCACUCCGCCUCCCCAGACGCAUUCGCGUUUGACGCACCAGCCACAGCAGCCGCAACGCCGUCGAGCACCGCCGAACCCACAAGCACUGAAUCCCUACGAGUCUCACCCAUGAUACGCGAAUUCGUACAAACUAUUGAUGACCGCGAGUGGCAGAAUUCGCUAUUUGGGCUCUUGCAGAGUCAGACUUACAAUCAGUGUGAGGUCGAUCUCUUCGAGUUAAUGUGCAAAGUAUUGGACCAAAACUUAUUUUCACAAGUGGAUUGGGCGAGAAACACCGUGUUCUUUAAGUAUUUAAAGGUCGACGAUCAAAUGAAGCUGUUGCAGCACUCGUGGUCUGACAUGUUGGUGUUAGAUCACCUUCACCAGCGAAUGCACAAUGGCUUGCCUGAUGAGACUACACUUCACAAUGGCCAAAAGUUUGACCUCCUCUGCCUGGGUCUCCUGGGUGUACCAUCGUUGGCUGACCACUUCAACGAGCUCCAGAACAAAUUAGCAGAGCUGAAAUUUGAUGUCCCAGACUACAUUUGCGUUAAAUUUUUACUUCUAUUAAACCCUGAAGUAAGAGGCAUCGUUAAUGUGAAGUGCGUCCGAGAUGGUUAUCAGACAGUUCAAGCUGCCCUCCUUGACUAUACGCUGUCCUGUUAUCCAACGAUACAGGACAAAUUCGGGAAACUAGUAAUGGUAGUUCCUGAAAUACAUGCGCUAGCCGCACGUGGCGAGGAGCACCUGUACCAGCGACACUGCGCUGGACAGGCACCUACACAGACUCUCCUCAUGGAAAUGCUGCACGCGAAGCGCAAGCCGAACGGAGGUGAAAUGGUUAACCGGAAUGCCGAGCACACGUCGACACUUGACCGAUUAUCUUGAAGUCUCAGUGAAGAGAAACAGACCACAAAAGCGCAAAGCGCUCCCGACACCGCAUCAGAAUAGAAUAUGCAACAAACUUUACUUAUUAGUUAGUUUUAGUUUAUAACUUGGUGUGUGAUUUUCAAAUUUAAGUUAUUGCGCCGAGCGCCGGCCGGUGGUGCCGCGCGUGCCUAGUCCGAUACAGAUAAAACAAAUAUUUAUCUACCUAUUGUCUGUAAAAUAAUAUACAAAUAUUAUACACCAGUCUUGUGUAGCUAUGGUUAAUUUAUUUAGCAGUCUAUAUCGUGUUACUUCAAAAUUGAGUAAGUACAUUAUAUAACUAGGUUCUCUUUUACACCGGUGCGUAAGCAAAGGGAAAUAUUACAAUACAUAUUUUAGGAAAGUGUCUGUGAUUAUAAACGAAGAAAUUUGAUGAAAACCGUUUUUAAUGUUAGUUGAAAUGAUCAUUAUGUAUAAUAUAACUGUAGAUGUUAGUUGUAUUCAGUACCAUACGUACAUACAUUUUAUGUUGUGGUUGCGCAGCGCAACUAGCGAUGCCUGAGUUUAUUUCUUUCGUGUUACUUAUAAAAUGUAUAGAUUACCUUUCUUUUUAUGGCUAUCAAGCACUUUACAUUUGAAUGUAUAAUACUGUCUUCACUAAUAUCGUAUAAAACGUUGUGUUCUAUAGCUUACAUGUCUCGCGGCGUUGAGUGAUUGUUGAUGGAUGUGGAUAGUUGUGGGGAGCGACAGGUUUAUUAAGUGUAGGUAGGUAUAUUGGGCUUGAUUGAAAAUAAAGUUUAUCGAAUGUUGAUAUUGGUCUAUGUGUAUUAUAUAACGUAUAAUGAAUAGAGUUAAUCGCGAAUUAAAUCAAGUUUAAAAUUUUACAGUUGUUCCUUAAAAUGUUUAUCUGAAUGUUGUAUAAAGUUAAUCAAAUAUUGUUUCUAUCGGCCAUACCAGUACAAAAUCAAAUGUAAUCCUUGUAAAUAACAUAAGCACAUUUGCAGUGAUUUAAUCUACUUAUGAUUGUGUAACUAUGUAAAAUAUUCUCCACGUACGUGCAAGAAGCCUUAAAAAUCAUAGAUUUUUAAAAAUAUAUGGGUACUAGCGUCUAUCGGCUGAUGGCCGAAGAAGGCGAUGUAUUUUUAUAUAAAACAUAUUGUUCUUUAUUAACAUAUAUAAUAUGUUAACUGAAAGUACAUGAUUUCGUAUUUUUCUAACAAAUAAUAUAGUAGCGUACGUAAUCAAGUAAAAAAGAUCUACUUUUAAAGUGGAAGUGAUUAUACAUAAUAUUGAAUAAAAAGUGUAUCAUAAAAAAAUCUAUGUAAAUCUGUCAUAACGACGUUACAAAUUUAAUUUGAAAACGUUUUCCUUUAACAACGGUGUCAAUUCGAUGAAAGGAAACUGCCCAUUAGACAACAGUUUGUUUGUUUCGACAUUUGAGCAUGAAACGUGAUGAAAGCAAGUGGACGACACGACGACACUUGUAAUAGUUUGGCAACCGAACGGCGAGCGGUAGACGCUAACGCUAAGCAACUGCAUGUGGGUACUCUACAGUGUACGUAAUCUAACGAAUCAUUUAAGUAACUAUACAUUGUGAUUUCACGGUUUGUGUUUAAACUGAAUGUUAUUAUUCAAAUUGUUUUUACGUAAUACCAAUGCACCAAGUGCGAAUGUUUAGCUAGUAGGUUGCGUCAACGAGUAGAUUACGGUUAUUGAUAAUGGUGUUUGUUCAUUUUGGCUUAGUAUGUUUCAUGUAGGUUCACACAAAAUGUACAAAUCUAUGGCACCGUAUUAUAUCUACAAUACCGUCCAGUGAACACUCAGGAUACACUGUAAUAUAAUGAUUAUCAUGUUGUUUUACAAUUCACGAAUUAACUUUCUAUAGACGUGAUACUAGUUGGCAUACAGCAAGGGUAGCAUACUAACAGUGUGGUACCUGUAACAAACAACUUUAAAAAAGUUCCUUGAAACGUUGUUGUGGUACAAUUUUUAAUAUAUACACAUUUCUUGAAUUUCUUUAAUGAGCACUGUUGAAAGUUUUAUAUAAAUUUAUUUACGACUGUAACAUUUUUAGUUAUUUGCCGUAUUUAAUACAUUUUCAUUAUAGCAUUUCGUCUACACUUUUUACAAUCGAAGACCACAGUUUCUAUGUAAAUAGUUAACAAUUAUUAAUCAAAAUCUCCACGUAUGUGUACGUCUUGUUAUAACUUAAAGAGUAAUGUUUAACUAAAAUAGGUACAAAAAGAAGCUUCGAAAAGGAAGAAUCUGUUUGGAAUAAGCACGUACUGAUGUAAUAUUAAUUUACUUGAAAAGGUUUUCACAAUCGAUCAUUGGUUUAACGCGCACGUUUCUCUUUUCAAUGUUUCUUGAUCGUCCUUAGUCCAAAGCAUUCUUCACACACGUCACUUCGAUUCUACAUCGCUAGCGGUGUAAGCAUAUAUACAGAAUUGAAGUAACUCGCAGCUUCUCAAAUUUAGGGCUUUAUUAAAGGCAAAGCUGAUCUGUGAUGGUAUGACAUAGUUAAGUACAUAAGACGGCGUGGGUCAUUAUUCUACUCGCGUUUGCACAGCGAGUAAUUGUGACCAAUUUUAAUCAAAACACCCGUUUGUCCAGUGCAGCUUUAAAAUAGACCUCGUUUAUCGACAGGGUUCAUAUUUGAAAGUCGGUGAACUAAGAAUUCUUAAUACUAUCGUGUUAGACAAGUUACAAAACAUUAGCACCACUAGUUCGGAAGCCGUUUAUACCUCAAUGUUCGAUUCCUUUAAUUAGAUCUGUGAAUUUAUUACCAAACAUGUUACCAUUUUAAAUAUUUAUAUUUAAUCAUCAGUCACAUGGAUAUUUUGCUUAGAUUUACAGUAUUAUUUUGAUAGAUAUAUUAUUCAAGCAACAUUCACGUUUCUGAUUUAAGGGGUCGCUUCAUAUUGCCUCGGGGCAAACGACUACAUGCAUACAUUUUACUACUAGCAUACUAUAUUUAUGUAUUUAUACAUCGCGACGCUUUAUAGCAUUAGAUGAUAUAUUUGUGUAUAUUAAUAUUUUGAGAUGCUUAUCUAAAUAAAUUGCGUUGAUAAUUCUAAACUUUCUUUAAAAUCAAAUCUAAAAAUUGUUAAUUUGCACUAAAGUACAAGUACUUAUUUUCCACGUUCGAAAACUUUAUAAUUAUAAUGUAACAACAUUGAUUAUAUAUCGCAUUAUACCUAAUACAAAGUAGUAAUGAGUUUUCAAUAGAAUAUAGCGUGUGGUAUUAAUAAUUUAUCUGUAAAUUAAUUGUUACUAUAUUUUGAUUUGUCCCGUUUAAUUUAGCUAACAUUAUGUAUGUAUCGAUUUUAGAAUUAUUGUAAAUUUAUAAGUGUAUGCAUAGUGAUGUAGUCAGUCGAAGUAAUUGGCCGCGGAAAUGGUCUCUGGGAUGUAUGCCAUCCACAUAUUCUAUCAAUGGCAAUCUUUGUGGCACCGGCAGGUUUCGAAAGCCCUAAGGUUGCCUUGCUGAGACCUAGAUGGUAGACCGUACGUGAUCGACUUGUUAAGUACAAUACUACAACGCGAACUACAAAGGUUACAUUCUCGAUAGUAAACGGUUCAACAAUAAGGUGCCAGUGUUCAUAAUGAGUAGUUUUUGUUAGUCCAUGCUAUUACAUCUUUUGUCAUUCGCUUCACAUUUGAUUUAAUCGACUUUAAUUUUACCUUUAAAUAUUUAAUUUGUUUGAAUAUAUAAAUCUAAAAAUCUAAACCUACUAUUUAGAUAUAAGAUUAGGUUGUAUCGUACAACGUAAAGUUGUUAUUUAGCAUAUGUUAUGUAAGUAAUAUCUAUAUUUAUGACUUAAAAUUAUAAGUAUUUUUAUUGUUAAGGUACACGAUGAGUGUUCUAUGUAAAUGUAAAUUUUGAGUUCAACUAGGUGUAAGUGAUAGAUAGUAAACAAACUGCGCAGCGGGGAUCAUCGCGUUCCCGUGGCUGCCGCGGUCCGCGACUCGCUGCCCACGGGAGCGGGAUGCUCGUCCAACGUCGGGCACUGUUAUUUCGCUCAGAUUCGCUCGCGCAGCGUAACGUAUCCGUAACUGGUCUCGCAUUCAGUAUCGCGGCGACGACGUCUGCAUCUCUCGUAUGAAUUCGUUUCGUCAUCACGUGCUUGCUCGAUACUAACUGUGUUACGCGAUCGGUUGCAGAUGACUAUGUACGCGUCGCACACAUUCCAAAAUAUCGCUAACGUAACGCUAAAUGACGCGCAUAGACAAGCGUUGCAAUUUGUAAGUUUACCACUUUGUUGUUCAUUAACGAUAAGUUAGGAUUAAUCUCAGUCGAUGUUGUUUAACUUUAGUCUGUGUAUAGUAUUCUCGUGGAUAAGUUUAUAUGUGAGGAUGUGAAUUUGAGCGAAUCGACAGGCCUCAGCCUGAAGGGUUCAUACUAGCUGUAAAUCUUAAGUACCUAAGCGAUAAUUUCUGUUGCACCUAACUUUAUUUCGCGCGCCGUGUUAGUUCUACUUUAUCAAUUGUACAUAUAGAUAGGGCGAGGUAUACAGUUUGCAUUCAUCUUAAAUGGUUAAUUGUUGUAUCUGAAAAUAUGGGGCUGGCAAAUACCAAUGCAAUACCGCAUUUGCUGUUGAUAAAAUAAAGUAAAUCUUAAAGUGAUACCAUCUUAGAUGUAUGGCUAUUUAUGUGUUACUGUUAAAGAAGUGGUGAGGUCACGAGUCGAGGGCAGGGAUUACGGUUGCGGGGCAUCUACCUAGCUUUAGUGUGUAUGGUAUACGAGUACGAAGACGCACAACGAGCCCGGACCCUAAGAGUGGCUCGCGGCUCCGUCCACGCCACGAGUGGAACACGACCCUCGCAACUUGGUCCAGUGACCGUUCUGAUAGUUAUUAUUGUAAUAACAUAAGUACACCCAGUAAUGUUCAGCCACGAAGGCUUAUUGUGAGGCUGCUACCAUUUUAACUGAACGAGUGUUCGCAAUUUUACUUAGCUGUAUUUAAACGUCCUACGUUUAAACACCACAUCACUGCUGACAUCACUUAAUGAUAGUAAAAAAAUAUUUCUAAUAGAUGCAUACAAUGUGAAUUUGUCACGGCACGAAUAAUUUAAUUACACAUUGCCUUGUAAGGAUUUAACAUUGAUACGUAAAUCAAUGAGAGGGGGUCGUGUCAGUAGACGCGGCUUCGUUGCAGUUCAGUUAGAGUGGAGCAACCGGCACUAGCUACCACAGCCACAUAAUUGUACCGUGUCAUUACCUCACAUUUGCGUCUUUUAUACAAUAUAAUAGUUAUUGUUGUCGCUAAAUCUUUAAACUUAUUUUUAUUAUCAUUAUUGUUUAGAGGUGUCAUUAAGUUUAAAACACAAUGAUCUAUUUUUAGAUGGCAACAUAGAUGAUAUGUAAGGCGGUGUGAGAUGUCGCCCGAGCAUCUUCAAUGUAUUUAUUUUCAUGGUGAUUAAUAAAUAUUGUGAGACGCACGUACGCGCCGGCGGCGAUGGGCGCGCGCUCGCGCCGCCGCCCGUUAUUGUAGAAAUAAAUGAUAUUUUCGUUUAAA